GGAUUAGUUAUUGCAGCAGUAAAAAAAAACAUUAACACGUGAUACUUUCAAGUCGGUGUUUAAACCUUGUUUGAAUUGAGGCCGUGGUCUGGGUAUGAGUGGAGCUGAGUUUAUGUAAAAUAGCUAGUGCUUGAAAAUGUGUAGACGGAACUAGGUUUCCUGGCGGAGUAGCACUGAACACAGAGCGCAACAGAUUAGCGGUACACAGUUUACCACUGAGCUCGCGCCAGACAGGCAAGUGUCCCGAAACCGUGGGGGUUAAACUCUGGGAUUCUUCUGUCUGGCGUUUACUAAAUAACAACAUCCGCUGCCUGUUUUUGGCUAAAAAACGUUUCCACCUUCACUGUCUGCACCGUUUGAAGAGCAGUUGAUCUCCUGUUUUCUCGGAGACGACGGAGUUCUCGACACUGGAAGGACUUUACUGAACUCAACAUGUCAAUUUUGCCUUUCACUCCCCCCAUUGUCAAAAGACUUUUGGGCUGGAAGAAGGGAGAGCAGAACGGCCAGGAGGAGAAAUGGUGUGAAAAAGCAGUGAAAAGUCUGGUGAAAAAGCUGAAGAAGACGGGACAGCUGGACGAACUGGAGAAAGCCAUCACCACCCAGAAUAUCAACACAAAAUGCAUCACUAUACCAAGGUCUCUAGAUGGCCGGCUGCAGGUGUCCCACAGGAAAGGUCUGCCCCACGUCAUCUACUGCCGUCUGUGGCGCUGGCCCGACCUACAGUCCCACCAUGAACUGCGGGCGGUGGAGUUGUGCGAGUAUGCCUUCCACACGAAGAAGGACGAAGUGUGUGUCAACCCGUAUCACUACCAAAGAGUAGAGACACCAGUACUCCCACCAGUGCUGGUGCCCAGACACACAGAAAUUCCCAGUGAGUUCCCACCGCUGGACGAUUACAGCCAUUCAAUCCCUGAAAACACCAACUUCCCUGCUGGCAUUGAGCCCCAGAUCAACUACAUACCAGAAACGCCACCACCAGGCUACCUCAGUGAGGAUGGAGAGACCAGUGAUCAUCAGAUGACCCACAGCAUGGACACAAGCUCCCCUAACCUGUCUCCCAACCCUGUCUCACCCACGCACAGCAACUUGGACCUUCAGCCAGUGACGUACUGUGAGCCAGCUUUCUGGUGCUCAAUUUCAUACUAUGAGCUGAACCAGCGAGUAGGAGAGACUUUCCAUGCCUCACAGCCCUCGCUUACAGUAGAUGGAUUCACCGACCCCUCCAACUCGGAGCGUUUUUGCCUGGGCUUGUUGUCCAACGUCAACCGCAAUGCAGCUGUGGAGUUAACACGCAGACACAUUGGCCGUGGUGUGCGACUGUAUUACAUCGGAGGAGAAGUGUUUGCUGAAUGUCUCAGUGACAGCGCCAUCUUUGUCCAGAGCCCCAACUGUAAUCAGCGCUACGGAUGGCACCCUGCCACAGUUUGCAAGAUCCCUCCAGGAUGUAACUUGAAGAUCUUCAACAACCAGGAGUUUGCUGCCCUGCUGGCCCAGUCAGUCAACCAGGGGUUUGAGGCUGUGUACCAGCUCACCAGGAUGUGCACCAUCCGCAUGAGCUUCGUCAAGGGCUGGGGCGCUGAGUACAGGCGACAGACGGUGACCAGCACCCCCUGCUGGAUUGAGCUGCACCUGAAUGGCCCCCUGCAGUGGCUCGACAAGGUGCUUACACAAAUGGGCUCCCCCAGCAUCCGCUGCUCCAGCGUCUCUUAGGGAAGCACCACAUCUCCUGUCAGUGACUAAAACACACAGACUGCAUACAGACAAGAAUCAUGACUACACAAGUACAGAAAGCAGACAAGCCCCUCUCAUUCAGCCAGUCUCCAGUCUCUAACUUAGUCCUUCCUCCCCACCAGCUGUCAGUAGCACUUUUAUGUACAUGUUGUUUGUGGCAAAAGGGGACAAGUGCAUUAAAGCAGCACCAUGUUAGUGUGAGCUCCACAUUUUGUCCAGAAUUAUUUUAUGGCAGUUUUUUCUUUAGUACCUAUGUAGCUGUAGCAAUGGGAGGAAUUUUCUUUUUUUAUUUCUGUUUCCUCGUUUGUUGAAAUUUCAUCUUUUAUGAUAUAUAUUUUGUACAGUUAAUUCGAACCAUGGAUUUAAGAAAUUGCGUUAAUGUUUUUACGCAUUAAUAACAGUUUUGUAAUGCAUUUGUAACAUCAUGUUAAAUGCAUUUCAUUUGACUUUGUUUUUGUAUCUGGGCAUUUGAUUGGUUAUGAAGAGAAUGGAAUACCAUCAUUUGUACACACUGUAUGAAGGAAUAUACUGUAAGCCUAGUACAAAUACUUUUAGGUUUUCAUACUCAAACACUUAUUUUAUGCAGCCUAUGUUAUUCAGGCAAUAUAAAUAACAUGAUGUUUAACUGCACAUUUGACUUUCAGGCAGAAACAAACUAAAACAAGGAGUUAACUUCUCCACCCUAUGCUAGCUGUAAACUGGACCGUGAUUGGUACCGUGGACCUGAUGGCUUUGACAAAGGAGUCUGAUGCUUCGGGAUGCAUUAGAGCAGGCAGGGGUCACGACUUUUUAAACUCAUAUGUGUGAGCACUUAAAGACAGUGGCAUGCAUCAAAUGUCAUCUGGAUGAUGGUGCACUUUUGUAAAAUGUUAAUAUUGUAGUAUCAACAAAAUACAUUUAGCGACAGUUGUAGUUCACAGCUACUGUAGUACUUUUCACAGGGUUAUUUAAAAUAGCCCAUGUGAAUUUCAUACGGUGGCCCGGAGAGCUCAGUGCACUGCAGCUUGGGAAAACAUGCAAAUAAACAAAACACUAGCAAAUUAAAGAAAACACUUUCACUGAUUUGACAACAGAUGUGCAGCAUUUAGAAAACAUGAAGCAAAUACAGUAAACACAACCAAAUACAAAAACAAGCUUGAUCCUUAUGGUGAAACUGGCUGAGAAGCCUCGCCACCUAAAUGAGGCUUCAUCUCACCAGCGCUGCUAACAGAGAGUCGACAUGAGUAGCUUCAUUAGUCACAAAUGACAAGCGUAACCCUGCCGUGCCUGUCAUUCUUUAGCACACCCUAUUUCCAUUGUAAUCUGUACCCUUUGCAGUGUUUGUGCAUUUGGUUGUUUUCUGUAUUUGUAGUGUGUUUUCUAAAUGCUGUGCAUCUGUUGUCAAAUCAGUGAAGGUUUUCUUUAUUUGCUAGUGUUUUCAUUAUUUAUGUGUUUCUCAGGUUGCAGUGCAUUGAGCUCUCAGGGCCACUGUAAUUUCAGGAUAAUGUGCAAAUUUACAAAAUACUUUUGCAGCUUUGUAUAGUUUAGUAGGUAGCAUAUAACAAGCAUUUACAAAGAACUUGAAAACGUCUCACAUAUCAUUGUGCAAACUUUUUGUUAAAUUGCAAGUUGAACACAAGAUUUUGGAAUAUUCAUGAUACAAGUUCUCUGCAGGAGGCUUUCAAGUAUAAAGAGAGCUGGAAGAUGCGUUUGCUUUUUAAUUUUCUCUCUCAGCAGUUCAUAACAUUGGUCUUAUUUUUAGCCAUCAGUAACAGUGACAUUUUACACACUCAGGGCCGUG